AUGGCUAUUCCACUGACAGAAAGAAUGAGACUCGGACAGAUGAUCUGGUUUUAUAAGAUGGCCAUGACUUGCGUCCUGUUGACUACAAUAGCUGCUGAUGGGCCAAGUGAACCAGGCUGGAAAGGUGUCAGGAAUCAGCCCCAGGCUGAUGUCUGGGACUCAAAGCUGUAUCCAAAAUGGAUGGAGGAUGGAAUUCAGAACCCUGACUGCUGGAGAGGAGGUGAGGUGACCCUGGAGGUCAGUAAUGAUGCCCCAACUCUGACUGGUGCCCAAGUUUCCUUCUCUAUCAUCUUGCACUUCCCCCCAAGCCAGCAGGUCUUGCCCAAUGGGCAUAUUAUCUGGGCCAGCAAUGGUACCAUCAAUGGGAGCCAAGUAUGGGGUGGACAACCUGUUUAUCCUCAAGGUUCUGAAACUGGCUGUGUCUUCCCUGAUGGGCAACCCUGCCCUUCUGAGGCUGGACCUCAUAGAAGCUUCAUCUAUGUCUGGAAGACUUGGGGGCAAUAUUGGCAAGUUUUGGGAGGCCCAGUAUCCAAGCUCAGCAUUGAGACACUUGGAGUUGCUAUAGGUCCCCAUACCAUGGAAGUGACAGUUUAUCAUCACCGAGGACCUCGGAGUUAUGUGCCCAUUGCCAGAGGCUCAUCUGCCUUCACUCUUACUGACCAGGUUCCAUUCUCUGUGAGUGUGUCACAGCUUCAGGCCCUUGAUGGGGGAGAGAAGCACUUUCUGAGGAACCAACCCUUGAUCUUCAACCUCCAGCUCCAUGAUCCUAGCAGCUAUCUAUCCCAGGCUGACAUAUCCUACACUUGGAAUUUUGGAGAUGGCAGUGGGACCCUAAUCUCCCGAGUACCCACUGUCACUCACACCUACCAGGUGCCUGGCCCAGUCACUGCCCAGGUGGUUUUGGAAGCUGCCAUUCCCCUAACCUCCUGUAGGACCUCUCCUGCGCCAGGCACUGAUCUUCCAAGCACCCGGCCCUUGGGCACCACAGCUGGAGCGAUAACUUCAGAGGCCCCUGCUACCACCGCCAGGGAGGUGCCAACUACGGAGGCCUCCAGUACCACAGCCACGGAGGUGCCAACUGCAGCGGCUUCUGACACCACUACUAGGGAAGCACAAACUAUACAGGUCCUUGGGACCACAGCUGGAGAGGGGCCAACUGCAGGGUUCCCAGGCACCACUGCUGGGGAAAUGCCAACUGUACCACCAACCAAUAACACAGAUGAGGGGAUUUUAGUUGCAGACGUAAUAGGGAACACAACAGGAAUAGGGCAAACUGUGGAAUCUGCGGACACCUCUGAUAUGGUCACGGUAAACCCAGGCACCAGCCCAACUCUUCCUGCAGAGGGCACCUCAGAGGUACCCACAAACCCUUCUAUGACUUCUUUGAGACCAGAAGCCACCAACUUCCCUGGAACAACAGGAUUAUCAGCCCUCCCCUCUGCUGGCACAGCUGUCCUGGUGCUGGUGAAGCGCCAGACUCCUCUGGACUGCAUCCUGUAUCGAUUUGGCUCCUUUGCUCUCACCCUUGACAUUGUCCAGGGCAUUGAGAGUGCUGAAAUCUUGCAGGCUGUGCCCGUCAGUGAGGGAGAUGCAUUUGAGCUCACUGUGUCCUGCCAAGGAGGGCUGCCUGAGGAAGUGUGCACAGAGAUCUCAUCUCCAGGGUGCCAGCUCCCUGUCCAGAAACUGUGCCAGCCUGUAGUUUCCAGUCCAGAUUGUCAGCUGGUGCUGCACCAAGUUCUGGAGGGAGGAGCUGGGAUCUACUGCUUAAAUGUAUCCCUGGCUGAUACCAACAGCCUGGUUAUGGCCAGCACUCAGCUCGUGGUCCCAAGUAGGUAUUUGAGGAAAGGUGGGGUGAUGUUACUUCUCGUGGUUGGUAGGAGGUUUCAAAGAGAGAGGAGUAUUAACAGUGAGGACACCUGGGGCUGUGUUCACAGGACAGGAGGCAGGCCCCCAGAAGGCUCCACUGCUGGUAGGCAUUAUGCUGGCUGUAGUGGCAAUAGCCCUGGCAUCCCUAAUAUACAGGCGAGUGAAACAGGGCUCAGCUCUUCCACAAUCCUGGCUGCCUAGACGUACCGUUCGCUGGCUGAAACUGCCCCCUUCCUUCUAUCCAGGCCCCACUGGAGAAAGCAGCCCCCUCCUCAAUGGGCAGCAGGUCUGAGACUCCAAAACAUCUCAGGACUAGU